GUUUUUCCGAAAAUAGAAGUCGUGUAUUUAGAAGAGUUUGAAUUGGAUUAAGACUGACACGGAUCUGAUUCAUUCAAACCCUUUCAAACCCAUUAAGGGAUUUUUAAUUAGAAAAAAUAAAUGCACUUAAUAGCCUAAGGUUUGAACCAUUCAGAUUUAGACCUCCAUUAAGUGCAAACAAAUGAGGUCUUACUCUAUUAUAGUAUAAAUACUACAUUAUGUCAUUUUAUUAGGUAAAUUAUGUUGGAUGAUAUGAAUAUUCACUUGAAUAGUGAUGCUCUUGAAAGAGUUGGGGCUUAAAGUCAAUUGUUGCUUGAUGUUAUUUGAUAGAUUGCUUGCAAGAGGAAAUCAUUCCCCUUAAGGGUUCAUCAUAUAGGUUAGAUGCUUGAGUUGGUUCCAUUAAUUGUAGGUUUUAGCUUUCUAUAGCUAAUGUUGCCAAUAAUUCUUAUCGUGUGUCUUGCUUUUAAUGUUUACCUGUGGCAUACAUUAGAGCGAUUAAAGACAUGUAUGAUGGAGCUAAGACCAGGGUAAGGACGGUAGGGGGGGACUCGGAGCACUUUCCUGUUACGAUGGGGUUGCACCAGGGAUCGACUCUUAGCCCGUUUCUAUUCGCCCUGGUGAUGGAUCAAUUGACAAGACAAAUACAAGGUGAGGUGCCUUGGUGUAUGUUGUUCGCGGAUGACAUAGUCCUGAUUGACGAGACUCACAACGGAGUUAACGACAAGCUGGAGGGCUGGAGACAGACGUUGGAGUCUAAAGGAUUUAAAUUGAGUAGGACCAAGACAGAAUACUUGGAGUGCAAUUUCAGUAGCCUGCCGCGUGAGGCUGACGGGGAAGUGAGGCUUGGUACCCAGGCCAUUCAAAAGAAAAGAAGCUUCAAGUACCUUGGGUCUAUUAUACAGGAAGAUGGAGAUAUCGACGACGAUGUUUCACACCGCAUCGGUGCAGGGUGGAUGAAAUGGAGGCUCGCCUCCGGAGUGCUGUGUGACAAGAAAGUGCCACCAAAACUCAAAGGCAAGUUCUACAAUGUGGUGGUUAGACCGACCUUAUUGUACGGGGUGGAGUGUUGGCCAAUCAAGAAACUUCAUGUUCAGAAGAUGAGAGUCGCGGAAAUGCGAAUGCUGCGGUGGAUGUGUGGGCACACUAGGAUGGAUAGAAUUAGGAAUGAAGAUAUCCGAGACAAGGUGGGAGUGGCAUCGGUGGAGGACAAGAUGCGGGAAGCGAGACUGAGAUGGUUUGGGCAUGUGAAGAGGAGAGACACAGAUGCUCCAGUGCGGAGGUGCGAGAGGUUGGCUAUGGACGGUUUCAGGAGGGGCAAAGGGAGGCCGAAGAAAUAUUGGGAAGAGGUCAUUAGACAUGAUAUGGCACAGUUGCAGCUCUCCGAGGACAUGACCUUAGAUAGGAGGCUAUGGAGGACUCAGACUAAGAUAGUGGGCUAGGUGGCCUAUCGGUUCUCCAUAGUAAUCGUAGUCGCGCUCAUUUGCCUUAACAUAUGAUUUUGCAUGGGAUUACUGCUUAUAUUAGUUGGCCAAGUUUACUUUGGGUAUCCUAUUUUAUCUAUAGUAGGUAAUGCUCCUUUAUUCCCGAUCUUUCCUACCUUGACUUUAUCGCUUUAUCGCUCUCAUUAUUCAUAUCUUUAUAUUGUCUGCUAUAUGCCUGGCUUUACUGACCUAUGUCUUGUUUCCCUUGUUUCUCCUUCCUUGUUCUUCUCUCUUAAGCCGAGGGUCUUUCGAAAACAGCCGCCCUACCUUUUAAGGUGGGGGUUAGGUCUGCGUACACUCUACCCUCCCCAGACCCCACAUGGUGGAAUUACACUGGGUUUGUUGUUGUUGUUGUUGUUGAUCUUUUGUUAAUUUGUUGUUUCUUGUUCGUUUGUUUCCCGCAUCUCGAUAUUGUAUCAUUUGAUAUCAAAGUUUGGGAUAGAAUUUUUCUCACAGAUCUAGUCUUGGAUUGAAAAAAAGUCUUUAUUAACCUUGUUCUUUACUCCCGUUGUUAGAUCUGUGCAGCAUUAUUGGGCUUUUUGAAUUUCCUUUAAGAAUAAUUGUUAAUCCUAUUAUUUAACUGAAUUAGAGCAAUCGGAUUUGAACAAGAACAUUGGUAUAC